AUGGAGGGUGACAGUAGUAAAGCCAACAAGGUCAGUUUAAAGAAUGUUGGUGGAAGCAAUGAUCCAAGAGGUGCAUUGAUAGUUCUGGAAGGCUUGGAUCGAAGUGGGAAGAGUUCGCAGUCUGCAAGAUUGGUUUCUUACUUGGAGGGAAUUGGUCAUUCUGCAGAGUUAUGGCGAUUUCCUGAUAGGACAACUAGUGUUGGGCAGAUGAUUUCUGCUUAUCUUUCGAAUAAAUCUCAACUGGAUGAUCACACCAUCCACCUCCUUUUCAGCGCCAAUCGAUGGGAGAAAAGGUCACUAAUGGAAACUAAAUUGAUGAGUGGAACCACUCUGAUCGUAGACCGUUACUCAUAUUCUGGCGUGGCAUUUUCAGCAGCCAAAGGACUUGAUCUCCACUGGUGUAAGGCUCCUGAAUUUGGGUUGCCCGCUCCAGAUCUGGUUCUGUACCUUGACAUACCACCAGAGAAAGCUGCAGAAAGAGGAGGUUAUGGAGGUGAACGAUAUGAGCAACUUGAGUUUCAAAAGAAGGUUGCCGAAUGCUAUCAUGCCCUUCGUGAUUCUUCUUGGAAGAUCAUCGACGCCUGUCGGCCAAUGGAGGAAAUUGAGAAACAGCUGCAGAGCAUUGUGCUGGACAAUAUUCUGGCAUGCAAAGUUGGGAAACCCAUUUCCCAACUCUGGUCAAGUUAG